UGCCACAAACACGACGACAUACUGCCCAGUUGUAGAUAUCUACACUACAACUUUGCCAACAACAACUGGUGCCCCGUCAACUCUGCAAACUACAACAGAAGUAACAACAACGAUGACUACCACUUAUCUUACGACUACAGCAUUUCAGACAACAGCAAACCCAACAUCAACCGCAGUGAUGACUACCUUCCCUACAACAGUUGCUCAGACAAGUACAAAACCAGCAACGACCUUACUCGUUACCAAAGUCCUUACAACUCUACAGACGACCCAUCCUCCUCUAACUACCCUUAAAACUACUAGUGCCUCUACAACAGAUAUGCAGACGUCCACAAAUCCUACGACAAGUACACCUUCUCCUACAACUACUUUUCACAGUUCGACUGACCCUACAACAUACCCUUCAACAACCCUUCAGACAACAACCAAUCCUACGAAGAGCAUUCCGACAACGCUUGGAUUUACCAGAGCGGUUGAGACAUCAAAUGCCCUUACCUCAGCUCCUCAGACUCCUUCUAACAGUUCUGAUCCCCAAACAUCUACGCAAGACACAUCAUCCAUCGAAACAAACGUCAAUACAUGCAACUCAUCUGAAGUGGUUUUGAAUUCGGAAGGUUAG